CGCACUCGCCGCUUUUCUAAAUAAAAAUGGCAGCCUGCGUCCUAAGACAGGGGUUAUUUUGCACCUUUAGUAAAUACAGUCAGGCGCACACUUUACGGACAAUAACUGUAGAUUUUAACAGUGGACAUGGUGCUAACAGACGUCGCUUGCAGUGCCUUAGAUGUGGUCUUCUCAAUACUCCUCAACAGAGACGGUCCAUGUCCUCUCGUAACAGGCCCGAGGGCAAGGUACUGGAAACAGUUGGAGUAUUUGAAGCACCAAAACACCAUGGAAAAUAUGAGACUGGGCAGUUAUUCUUGCACAGUGUCUUUGGCUACAGAGGUAUAGUUCUUUUCCCCUGGCAUGCUCGACUCUAUGACAGAGAUGUCACCCCCACAGCUGCAGAAAUUAAAUGUGAGCCUACAGGAGCUCAAGGGUCAAAGGAGGUGAAAGGCAAAACCCACACUUACUAUCAGGUCCUCAUAGACACCAGAGACUGUCCACAUAUUUCUCAGAGAUCACAAACAGAGGCUGUCACAUUUCUGGCCAACCAUGAUGAAAGCAGGGCCCUCUAUGCUAUUCCAGGUCUGGACUAUGUGAGCCAUGAAGACAUUUUACCCUAUAACUCAACAGACCAGGUGCCCAUUCAACACGAACUGUUUGAGAGAUUCCUCAUGUUCAACCCAUCCAAAGUGCCACCAUUUAUACCCAGAGACACACUUCAUGCAUGGCAGGAAAAAAACCACCCAUGGCUGGAGCUGUCUGAUGUUCACCGUGAGACCACGGAAAACAUUCGAGUCACAGUCAUCCCAUUUUACAUGGGUAUGCGGGAAGCACAGAAUUCUCAUGUUUACUGGUGGCGGUACUGUAUUCGUCUGGAGAAUCUGGGGAAUGAGGUGGUGCAGCUGAGAGAAAGACACUGGAGGAUCUUCAGUUUGUCUGGCACUUUAGAGACCGUCAGGGGCAGAGGAGUCGUAGGACGGGAGCCAGUGUUGUCUAAAGAACAGCCAGCGUUCCAGUAUAGUAGUCAUGUAUCUUUGCAGGCCCCCAGUGGACAUAUGUGGGGCUCCUACCGGCUUGAGCGGUCCAAUGGUACCUUCUUCGAUGUGCGUAUCCCUCCCUUCUCUCUUGAGAGCAAGAAAGACGAUUCUCCCAACAACUUCCUGCCUGGACCUUUUUCUUCCCUUGCUUAAGAGCUCAGUGCUGUCUAACCCCCUUCUCUGCUCACCUUGUACAUCGGCAUCAUGUCAUCUCUGAUCACCUCAUCUUCAAUCACACUUAUGUUUCUAAAGUAUUUAGGAGAAGGGCUGCUGAUCUGUUUUAAUGACUGCGAGGAAAGUGAAUAGUGUUGGAAGAUGAGGAUAUAAUUCAUCCAUAGUAUUUUGUAUGAUCAGGGUCUUUUUUGGUCUACACUUGCUCUCUCUACUCUAAAUGUAUGUUGAAGUUGUAGAACUCUGCACCCACCAAUUAUAAAAAUAUGGUUUGUAUUUUACUUAUUUUAUUGAAGAAAAAAAAACCAAACCACAGCAUUAUUGUCAACAUCUCUUCUAACAAGCAUUUUGUUAUCCCCUCAAAUACAUUUAUUCUCAGGAAAAGGUGGCAUUUGUAUCCAAAUGCAUAUUUUUUCUAACCAUUAAAAAAUAACAUAGUAUAGUUACACACGUCAUCUUUGUGUCGAAAACUUCAAUUUAAUCCAUUAAUUUAAGGAAUAGUUUACCCAAAAUGAUAAUUCUCUCAUCAUUUACUCAUCCUUAUGCUGUCUAAAACUCGUAUGACUUUCUUCUGCAGAGCACAAACAAAGAUAUUUUGAAAGAUAUACAAUAAGUAUUUUUUUCAUCCAGUUCAAGUCAAAGAUUCAAGCUCCAAAAAUAUAUAUAACUAUAAAUCUGCAGUCUCUUUGCUGCAUUCAUGAGUGAAGCUCACUCACACUUCCUCACACUUAACGCAUAUGGUAUAGCGCGUGUACAGAGAGCAUAUGUGUAAAGCGCAAGGAAGUGUGAGAGAGCUUCACCCAUGAAUGCGUCAAGAUAUAUAGUGGAAAAGGAGUUAAAUACUGGUCUGUUUCUCACCCAAAACCGAUUAUUGUGCUUCUGAAGACAUGGAUUGAACCACUUUAAUUGUUCAUAUGGAUUACUUUUAUGCUGCCUUUAUGUGCUUUUUGGAGCUUGAAAGUUUUAGUCCCCAUUUACUUGCAUUGUGUGGGAAAAUACACAUCCUUCACAUAUCUUUGUUUGUGAACUGCAGCAGACAUACAAGUUUGAAACUGCAAAAGGCUGAUUAAAUGUGAGGAGACAUUUACAUUUAUGCAUUUGGCAGACGCUUUUAUCUAAAGCGACUUACAGUGCACUUAUUACAGGGACAAUCCCCCCCAGAGCAACCUGGAGUUAAGUGCCUUGCUCAAGGACACAGUGGUGGUGGCUGUGGGGAUCAAACUAACAACCUUUAUGCUUACCAGUUCAGUGCUUUAGUCCACUACGCCACCACCACUCCAGGAGACUUAUUAUGUUUGUUUGAACUAUCCUUUUAACUUAAAUUCUUGAGUCUUAAAGUCUUGAGAUCAACAUAAUCUUAUAUUUUAUGUGAUAAUAUGAAUAUAGACCUAAAAUUGCAUUCAACCAUAUAAGAUUUGAUUAAUAAAAAAAUACUUUCUUAAUUUUUGUCCCUGCUUCCUACUUAUGUAAUUUGCAGGAAAAAUCACUGGAAAAUCAGCCAGUCUGCAUGUCCCAAUUCAUCUUGUUGUAGAGAAUUAAAACAUCAAAUUCUGCCUUGACUUGAUUUGAAAUUACAAUGUCAUGAUUUUAUUAUGUAAGGGAUUAUUUUCAUUUGUUAUAUUGCAUUUUCUGAGAAAAUGAAUGAUUUUCCUUUUGUCUUACUUACUGUUCGCCCCUGUAAUGCUGUGACUUUGAUGUGAGCCUUAGGUGGAAAAUAUAAUUUCUUAAAAGUUCAGCAUUAAGCUUUUCAAAUGAAAUGACCCAUGUAUGAAAAACAAAAUCCUGAAGAUUUCAUUCACAAAUGGAACAGUUUCCUGAGAAUAACCCAUAAAAAGUCAUCUUCUCCCUCCUGA